CCCUGUCGCAGGAUGUGCCCCUCCUGUCGUAUGAGUUGAUCCUCUCGCAGGAUUUGCUCCUCCUGCCGCAGGAUGUACUCCUGACGCAAAAUUAGUUGCCCCAUUCCAACGAUACAUCCUUUCUAUCGAAAGGUGAGUCCCUCCCGCCGAAGGAUGAGUUAUCCCCGCCAGGAUACCUGUCGCAGAUUACCUCCUCCCAAGCUACGGUGGAAACACAGGUGUGUUGUGGUGACGCUGGUCAUCUCACUCGCCCACCUGCAAGUGGCGGAGUGUAAAGUGGAUGGGAGGAUGAGAGGAGUGGAUGCGCCUGUGAGUAUGACAGCCUGGAUGAAAAGUCUUCCAAACAUCCUCAUCCACACACUUCACAUCCUCAACGCCACUAACCUCAUCAUAAUGUCUCCAGGUGAUUUUGACACUGGUGUGGAGGGUAGCAUCUGGGAGGACGGCAUUACCACGGAGAUCCACCGUCAUGCUCACCUGUCUAACACAGAAUGGACCAACUCAUCAUCCAGCGUCAACAUCCCGUUGGGGCCGCCCACGGGCGUAGCGGGUGACGAUGGCGUCUCCGGGGAGUUAUUCUUCCCAAGCGUGAACUGGAGGUUCUUGUAUGAGCGUGUGGAGCUUCCUAGACAUCAGACGGUGGUGCUAGUGCUGGGUCCUGCUAGCUGGGUGCUUCACGCAGCUCCACAGCUAGCGUCACGAGGAGUGUUUGGACCGAAAGAAACGGUGGUAGUGGCGCCUGUGAGCGGGGAGCUGAGCUCCAACCACCUCUCCUCAAGUCUUCCCCUCGCCCUCCGCCUCCUACUCCUCCAGGAGACACCCCAGGCAAACAACGAGAUCACUGUGGAGGAGGAGGGCGGGAAGCAGGUGCUGAAGGGAUAUCUGGGUAGGCUACUGACUAACAUCAUGAAGAAGGUGAACUUCGUGCCCAGGAUCACAGCACGCCCGUCAACCCAGGAUAAUGUGGACGCUCUGGCUAGCAGGGAGACGGACGUGGUCAUAAUGACGCUGUCAAUGUUACCAGCCAGAGCAGAGGUGAUGGAGUUUUCAGAGUGGUACUGGAUCCACAACACUAAGUUUGUCACUAAGGUACCUGGUCUCCGUGACGACUCCUUCCUCCUCUUCCAGAUCUACCUGUGGCAGACUUGGUGUGUGAUCACUGGGCUUAUGGUGGUGUCUGCCACGGUGCUAGCAGUCACCUGGAGCAGGGAGCACGGCCGGGGGCAGCCACACCACCUCCCUACCGCGAGAGAGAAGUCUAUCAGAAACACCGUCUGCGUGGCCUUCACCACCUCCUUCAAGACAAUCAUUUUUAAAAGUUCGAAGCAACAACCUGGGAGUGCAGCAGGGAGGGUGGUGCUGACAGCGACGUGGUUGGUGGCAAUGGUGGUGGUAGCAGUGUAUACUGGUAACCUCACGGCCUUCCUGUCCAUCCCUCGUGUGGACAAGGUGCCCAACUCCGUGCGUGACCUGCUCGACAUGGGUUACACACUCAACGUGAACGACGCCUUCUCUCAGUACCAAAAAAUGAAGCAGACCUCGCCCAUCCCAGACCAGCAGCGGAUCUUCAAGAAAGCUGAGAUACGCAGCCAUUUCGGGUUCAGUAUACCAGAAGUUUACAUUAACCGCACCCUCAGUGAGCGCCUGGCUCUCCUAGUGAACAAUGUCAUCGUAGACUACCUGCUGGACCACUACACAACACACGUGGGCUCCGUUCGUGUGUGUCGGCUGAAGACCAGUACUGAACCCUUGUUUCUGGAGAUAGGAGGUUUUGGGUUCCCCAAGAACUCGCUCGUUAAGCCGCUCUUUGACGAUAUCUUGGUCUGGGCAAGGUCGACUAGGCUGGUUGAUCUACCUCACUCUACCUGCGUGCCUGCAGACCUGUGGGACGAGGAGGGCAAAGCUCUGAGCAUGGGGAAGAUGGGCGGCGUGUUUGUAUUGUGGGCGGCAGGUGUGGGCGUCGCCUGUCUCGCCUUCCUGGCAGAAACUGUCUUCCAAAGGUUACAGAAAGUCUAGAGUAGUCCCAAGGCUCUCGUACCGUGUUUCUCAAACAGUGGGCCGCGGCCAUCAUUGAGGAUGCUGACCUACCAUGACUGGUGGGUCAGCUGGAAAAAUGGCUGAGAAACACUGCUUUAAUUUCUUAGUAGAGGGCUCGUCAUCCAAGGAAUUAGACCAUUUUUUUUUCAUCCUUGUAUCAAACCUUGUAUUUCACUGGCACUGUAUGGCUCCUACAACCAUAGAACUUUCAAAAUGAUGAUAAAAAUAAAGAGGAUAAAGCGGAGGGAGGAUGAUGAUGGUGAUGAAGAAUCAUGGGUAUUCUGAACAAACUAUUCGGUCUUCUGAACAUUGUAUGUCAUCCCCGGUAAGUAAUAUUAUCAACUAUGCUAUAUUUUUAUUUACACUACUCCAGUUUAUAGGUUAAUCUCCUUGAGUUGCUUCAUCUUUUCCAGAGUAUUUCAGUGGGAUUGAACUGAACUUAGAUUAAAUAUAUAUAACGCAGGAUAGUGCAGCUGAGCAAUAGCACUGAGAAAUAAGAUAUAUAAACAAAGGAAGGUUACACUAAAAGUAGUAAUACUGUAAACAUAUGUUAAAUAAAAUAAA